AUGAGCUCCUGGAAAGUCCCCAUGUCGACCCACGCGGGUCUCGUCGUCAACCCCAUCCGUACCAUCUCGGACAACGCGAAGGUGUCGCCAUCCCCCAAGCCGAUCAUUAAGCUCUCCGUCGGCGACCCGACGCUCGACAAGAACCUUCUCACGCCGCAAAGCCACAUCAAGAAGCUUAACGAGGUGGCGAACUCGCAGGAUUGGAACGGCUACCUCCCAGUCGCGGGGGCGCCGGAGGCCCGCGAGGCCAUCGCGACGUGGUGGCGCGACACGUUUGUCCACAAUAAGCAUCUGAAGAGCUCAAUCGUGAAGGAUAACGUGGUGGUCUGCUCCGGCGGCUCGCAUGGCAUUCUCAUGGCCAUCACGGCGGUCUGCGACGCGGGCGACUACGUCCUGGUGCCCAAGCCGGGCUUCCCCCACUACGAGACAGUGUGCAAGGCGUACGGCAUCGGCAUGCACUUUUACACCUGUCGGGCGGACAAGGACUGGGAGGCCGACCUGGACGAGAUUCGGCGACUCAAGGACGACAAGACGAAGCUGAUUGUGAUGACGAACCCGUCCAACCCGUGCGGCAGCAACUUCCGCCGCAAGCACGUCGAGGAGCUCGUGCGGCUUGCCGAGGAGCUGCACUUGCCCAUGUUCGCGGACGAGAUCUACGCCGGCAUGGUCUUCAAGGGCAAGGACCCCAACGCGACAUUCACCUCUGUGGCCGACUUUGACUCCACGGUGCCGCGUGUGAUUUUGGGCGGCACCGCGAAGAACCUCGUUGUUCCAGGCUGGCGUCUGGGCUGGCUGCUCUACGUUGACCCACACGGCACGGGCCGCGGGUUCCUGGAGGGCCUGAAGCGCGUGUCGAUGCUGGUCUGCGGACCCAACACCCUCACGCAGGGCGCCGUCGCCGAGGCGCUCCUUCACACCCCGCAGGAGUACUUUGACGGGAACGUUCGCAUGAUUGAGGAGAGUGCCAUGUACCUCUACGAGCACCUCGCUCACUGCUUCGGCGUGGUGCCGACGAUGCCGCAGGGGGCGAUGUACAUCUUUUCCAAAAUCGAGUUGGAGAAGUUCAAGGACAUAAAGACAGACGUGGAGUUCUUUGAGAAGUUGCUGGAGGAGGAGAACGUUCAGGUGCUGCCUGGAAGCAUCUUCAAUUUGCCGGGCUUCAUGCGGGUGACGACGACGCGGCCUGUUUCGGUGUACCGUGAAGCAGUGGAGCGCAUCAAGGCGUUCUGCCAGCGCCACGCCGCGUAG